UCAACCAUGCCGUCGCUACUCUCUCGAGGCAAAAUCCACAUGCUAGAGAUAGAGAAUUUCAAAUCCUUCAAGGGUUUACAAAGAAUCGGCCCCUUCUUUGACUUCACUGCAAUCAUUGGUCCUAACGGUGCCGGAAAAUCCAACCUAAUGGACGCAAUCAGCUUCGUUCUAGGUGUUACAACUGCCCAACUCCGCGGUGCAAAACUCAAGGAUCUCAUAUAUGCCUUCGAUGAUACAGAUAAAGAGCAGAAACGAACAACAGCCUUCGUUCGCAUGGUUUAUCAACUCGAUAAUGAAUCCGAGAUCAGGUUCACCAGAACUAUCACCUCAGCCGGAGCAAGUGAGUACCGUCUCGACGACACUGUAGUUACUUGGGAUGUCUACAAUGCUAGACUAAAAUCCCUAGGCAUUCAUCGCAAUUUCUUGGUUUUUCAGGGUGAUGUGGAAUCCAUUGCGUCCAAAAAUCCUAAGGAGCUUACUGGCCUUAUCGAGCAGAUAUCUGGAUCUGCGGAGCUCAAGAGAGACUAUGACGAGUUUGAAAAACAAAAAGCUUAUGCUGAGGAGAAAUCAGCACUUGUUUAUCAGAAGAAAAAGACAAUGGUUAUGGAGAGGAAGCAGAAGAAAGAACAAAAGGAAGAGGCAGAGAAACAUAUCCGAUUGCAAGAUAAAUUGAAAUUUAUGAAGAAAAAACAUUUCUUGUGGCAGUUGUUCAAUUUAGAAAGUGAUUUUGUUAAUACAACUGAGGAACUUGAAUUUAAUAAAAAAAGUCGUGAAGGUGUUAUUGAAGAAUCAGAAACGUUUAAACUAGAAGCCAGUAAAAAGAAAGAAGAGCAAGCCAAACAUCUUGAAGUAGUUGUGCUACAUGAGGAGAAAAUAACUGAGAAAGGCAACAAACUCGACAAGAAUCAACCAGAGCUUCUUAAAUUAAAGGAGGAAAUGUCUCGCAUUAGAAAAAAAAUUGAAAAAGGACAGAAGGAGCUUUGCGAAAAAAUUGAACGACAAAGGAAGCAUAACAAUGAAAUAGCAAAGCUACGUAAUGAUAUUAAGGAUCUUACAGCAAAAAUGGCAGACGUGCAGGAAAAGAGUAGAAAUAUUGGUGAUCAGCUGAAGUUAGAUGGCAAUGACUUGGAAGAAUAUUAUAGAAUGUGA